UGUAGCUGUCACAUCUAGACACAUGCUUAGCUUUCUGUGGUAAUCAAAUGUGAGACUGAUCUGAUGUCACAGAUAGGGUCUCCAAACUGCAGAAAUUGUGCUGACCUAUUAGGAAGUUUCCGACACUUCCUUAAAACCUCACCUUUAAAAUGAAGAAUUAAUCUCUGUGCCUUUCACAAUUUAUGACUCACAGCUGUCACAUGCAGCACUAAUCUCUCCUCCUCAAAGUUGGCGAUGUUGGGGAUUUUAAGCACGGUCAUCAUGGCCCUCAUCUCAGUAGCUGCUACCUGCCCUGCCUCACCAUGUGAAUGUCUGGACAACGUCACAGUCAGCUGCCCGGACAAGAGGCUGAAGAAGUUCCCUAACCUCCCCGAUGGUACUGAGGAGCUUUAUGUGGCCCACAACCUGAUCCAGGAAUUCCCCACCAGUGGACUGGAGCAGCUGCAGUUCCUGGAUCUCACCAAAAACCGCCUCAAUGUCUCCUUGACCUCCAACUUCAUCUGGCCCAACAUGAGCAGCCUGAUCAAGCUGUUUCUCAGGGGUAAUUGCCUGGGUUCACUGGGCCCUGGGCAGCUCCAAGGCCUCUCAGCACUCACCUUCCUGGACCUCAGUGAGAACCACAUGGAGGCCCUGCACCCAGGAUCUCUCCAAGGACUUGGUCAAUUGAAGACGCUCAUUCUCACACUGAACCAGAUCAACAGCCUGCAGUACGGGGCACUGAGUGGAGCCCCUGCACUCACUGACCUUCACCUGAGCAGCAACAGUAUUGUGGAGUUUGAAGAAGGGGUGUUUGAGAACUCCUCCAAGUUGGUAAAGCUGAUUUUGUCCAAGAACAACUUGGUUAGCAUUGGGAAUGGCACAUUCAGGGGAGCAGUUAACCUGAGUCAUCUGGACCUUAGUGGAAACAAGUUGGAUUUUGUGCCCAUUGCUGCCCUGAAGGAUGUGUCACAGCUGCACAGCUUGUACCUCCAGAAGAACAGCAUCACCUUCAUACCAGAAGAUGCUUUCUCUGAGCUCCGCCAUCUAAGGAUUUUGGUUUUGAAUAAUAACUGCCUGAGCAGAAUAGCUGAGGACUCAUUGAGCGGUCUAGCCCAUCUCGGUCAAUUGGAUCUGAGCUACAAUAACCUCCAAUCCCUCCCCUCUGAAGUGUUUCAAUAUCUAGGCAGACUGGAGCUCCUGGAUCUCUACCACAACAACCUGACAUACCUUCCAGAGGACCUGUUUCACAACCUAACUAGGCUGAGAGAGCUGCAGCUUGACAGCAACAAGAUCUCAUCCAUUCCACCAGGGCUCUUUCACAUGUCGUCUAAGCUAAGGGAACUCCAGCUGGCCAACAAUCAGAUAGCUGACCUCCACAAAGCCUUGUUCUUCAGGCUGAGGAGCCUACGGAAACUCUACCUGGACAACAACGUACUAAGCAAGAUUCCCAGAGAACUAUUCCACAAGACCAAGAGCCUUAGGGAGCUACAGUUAGACAAUAACCACCUCAGGUCUCUCGCUAGGUCCAUCUUCCAUGGUCUUGCUAAACUCCACUCCCUGAAGCUCUUCAACAACCGUCUCAAAGUUAUUCACCCUGAGCAGUUUUCCAACCUUGGUGAACUGAGAGAGCUCCUGUUGAAUGAAAACCUUAUUGAAGAUCUUCCAAAAGGCUUAUUUUCUGAGCUUCGAAGCCUCAAGAUUCUGGAUUUGGACAACAACCGCCUCACAGCACUGGCUCCUACAGGCUUUGAUGGGUUAGGUUCCCUAAAGGAGCUUCAUCUCAGCUUCAACCAGCUUCGUUAUCUCCCAUAUGCCACCUUCUACUCCCUGGAUGAUUUACGUAGACUCCUUCUCCAGAACAACCGCUUGGUGUCUUUGCACGCUCAAGUCUUCGCCCCCCUGGCCGACUUACAGGAGCUUGACUUGGACAACAACCAGAUUGAACUGUUACACCCUGACAUGUUUCAAGGCCUUCCCCACCUCCAGAAACUGCACCUGAAAUCAAACCGCCUCAGUACUCUUGUGAAUGGGACACUGGAGCCUCUGGAGAGCCUGAAGGUCCUCCACCUGGAGGGGAACCCCUGGGACUGCUCUUGCAGAUCACCCAUUCUGUACAUCAAUAACUGGAUCAUCAACAAUACCCAGAAGCUACAGGACGAACCCAUGUGUUCCUCACUCAACCGACCCAUUUCACAGCCUGCACACUUAUUAAAACCCUGUGUGAGCGUUGCAUGCUGCCCCAGAAGCAAAUUUCCCCUAGAGAUGCUGACAGUGCUUACUGCUUGGCUUCUAGGUAUUGUUUUUCUGUGACUUCCUUUUGCGGUUUCUUUCCUGUUUUCAGAUGGUUAUGUUUAUUGCUUUCAUGCAACUGUCUAUUGCAAAUGCAUUGUUAAGAAUCUAAGUUGAUGUAGUGUAAAGAUUAAAAUACCAUGGAAUUAUGUUUUUAAAUAAACAAAGAAACGUCCUUUAAGCAAAAAAAGAAAAGUCCUCUCACUGUCAACUUCUUUUAUUUUCAGCAUACUUAACAUGUGUAAAUAUUUGUAUGAACAUAACAAGAUUCAACCCCUGAGACAUAAACUGAACAAGUUUCACAGACAUGUGACUAACAGAAAUGUAACAUUGUGUCCCUGAACAAAGGGGAGGGGGGGUCAAAAUCAAAAGUAACAGUCAGUAUCUGGUGUGGCCACCAGCUGCAGUGCAUCUCCUCCUCAUGGACUGCACCAGAUUUGCCAGUUCUUGCUGUGAGAUGUUACCCCACUCUUCUACCAAGGCACCUGCAAGUUCCCGGACAUUUCUGUGGGGAAUGGUCCUAGCCCACACCCUCCGAUCCAACAGGUCCCAGACGUGCUCAAUGGGAUUGAGAUCCGGGCUCUUUGCUGGCCAUGGCUGAACACUGACAUUCCUGUCUUGCAGGAAAUCAUGCACAGAACGAGCAAUGUGGCUGGUGGCAUUGUCAUACUGGAGAGUCAUGUCAGGAUGAGCCUGCAGGAAGGGUACCACAUGAGGGAGGAGGAUGUCUUCCCUGUAACGCACAGCGUUGAAAUUGCCUGCAAUGACAACAAGCUCAGUCCGAUGCCGCUGUGACACACCACCCCAAAGUAUGACGGACCCUCCACCUCCAAAUCAAUCCCGCUCCAGAGUACAGGCCUCGGUGUAACACUCAUUCCUUCGACGAUAAACGUGAAUCUGACCUUCACCCCUCGGUGAGACAAAACCGCGACUCGUCAGUGAAGAGCACUUUUUGCUCGUUCUGUCUGGUCCAGCGACGGUGGGUUUGUGCCCAUAGGCGACGUUGUUGCCGGUGAUAUCUGGUGAGGACCUGCCUUACAACAGGCCUACAAGCCCUCAGUCCAGUCUCUCUUAGUCUAUUGCAGACAGUCUGAGCACUGAUGGAGGGAUUGUGCGUUCCUGGUGUAACUCGGGUAGUUGUUGUUGCCAUCCUGUACCUGUCCUGCAGAUGUGAUGUUCGGAUGAACCGAUCCUGUGCAGGUGUUGUUACACGUGGUCUGCCACUGCGAGGACGAUCAGCUGUCCGUCCUGUCUCCCUGUAGCACCGUCUUAGGCGUCUCACAGUACGGACAUUGCAAUUUAUUGCCCUGGCGACAUCUGCAGUCCUCAUGCCUCCUUGCAGCAUGCCAAAGGCUCGUUCACGCAGAUGAGCAGGGACCCUGGGCAUCUUUCUUUUGGUGUUUUUCAGAGUCAGUAGAAAUGCCUCUUUAGUGUCCUAAGUUUUCAUAACUGUGAGCUUAAUUGCCUACCAUCUGUAAGCUGUUCCACAGGUGCAUGUUCAUUAAUUGUUUAUGGUUCAUUGAACAAGUAUGGGAAACAGUGUUUAAACCUUUUACAAUGAAGAUCUGUGAAGUUAUUUGGAUUACUACUAAUUAUUUUUGAAAGACAGGGUCAUGAAAAAGGGACAUUUCUUUUUUUGCUGAGUUUAUUUUGUUUUUCUUUUAAAUAAAAGUAACUACUUCAUUUCAUUUCCUGAAAUGUUAUAUCUGCCAUAAUGUGGGAUCUUGACGUGAAUUAGACUCAAAGGAGUGUUGUUCAGAGUUAAUAAA